AUGUGGAACACAACCCUAGCCGGAUAUAAUAAUCGUUUAGCAAUUCCAUCUAACGCGCGAGAACCUUACCGUACAAUUACAUUAACUUUAUUACGGAUUUAUCCUAUUCUAUUUAUGCUUGUUGGUACAGCAGGUAAUCUACUAUCUGUAUACGUUGUAUUACGUUCGAAACUACGACGUCAUUCAACAUUUAUCUAUUUGGCUUUUUUGUCUAUUAUUGAUCUUGCUGUUUUAUAUACAUUUUGUGUUAACUUUAUACUUCAUGCUUGGUUCGAUAUUGAUUUACAACAAGUAUCAAUAAUAGCGUGUAAAAUUUUUUCAUUCUCAAUUUAUUUUUUCCCUCAAGCAAGUGCAUGGAUAUUAACAGCUGUAUCAAUCGAUCGUGUAUUUGCGUUAACAAGCGGUGUUAGAAAAACUCGUAACACAUGCCAAACAUAUUGUAUAUUAAUAUGUAUUUUUCUCAUACUUUUUUUGCUCAAUAUACAAUUUUUAUUCUAUGAAAACACGUAUAGAUUAUCUUUAAGCAAAGAAUCAAUAAUAAAUAUUGACUUAUCUAACCACAGUGAAGAAGUUAUAGUUCCAUCAUCAUCAUCAUUAAUAUAUCGUAUUGUUGAUACCGAUAUGGAUAUUAAUGUUGUACAAUGCUCAUCGGAAUAUAGUGAUGAAUAUCACAAAUUUUAUGGUGACGUAUGGGUUUACGUUGAUGCGAUAGUUAAUGUUUAUUUACCAUUUACGCUUAUGUUUCUUUGUUCAACUAUUAUUUUUCUCAGUGUUUUACGUACGAUGGGUGAUGCACAUAAUUCAAAUAAACGUUUAGUUGCAAGAAAUUUAAGUACUAUGUUAUUAUCCAUAAAUGCAAUGUUUGUUAUAUUAACUGCACCUAUUGUUUUUUAUUUAAUGUUUGAAAAGCAAACAUUUGCAUCCAAAAAUCAUGUAUAUGAUUCAAAAUUUAAAGCAAAAUAUAAAAUGAUUAAAUUAUUUUGUAUUAUUUUAAUGAACGCUAAUCAUACUGGUAAUAUACUUGUUUAUUGUCUAACAGGAACUGAAUUUCGCACACAAUUAUUUCAUGUUCUACAUACAUAUGGAUGUCGACAAAAUAAUAGUUUAGUAAAUGGAAAUUAUCUGUCACAUCCCAGAGGAACAUUUAAUGACGGUGGACGUUUAUCAACUAUAGUUUUUAACAGAGAUAGUGCACAUAAUCAAUCAUUAACAUCAAGAACAUCAAGUAGAAAACAAUACUAUGCAAAUACUCCACCACCAAUCCAACAGAAACCCAAAAUAAAAAAAAUAGGUGGAAGUAUUGAUGAUGAUCAACCCAAUCCUGUUUGUUUACAAGCACUAGAUGAAGCUAAACAUAUUUUAUCAUCCAAUAGAUUGAGCAACAAACAAUUAUCAGUAACGGCAAGGAUUUAA